AAUGACUGGAAAGGAUUUGGCAGACAGUAUGAUGAAACUAGCUUAUACCCAAGUAUUAUGCAAUCAGCUCUUACAUUCCCAACCAGCAAAGGAAAGUUUCAAAUACUAAAAGAUUUCGUUAAAAAAUAUGAGAAUGGAGAUUACGCUAUGUAUGGAUUAUACCGAGCAGAAGUUGAGUAUAAAGAAGAUAUGAAAGUAUUGUUUCGAUAUAGUAAAAAUAAAAAAUAUACUCAUAUUGAUUUAUCUCACGCCAAAGCAUUGGGACUUCAAGUUGCAUUAAUUCAAGAUGGUUCUCCAAAUGCGCUAAUAUAUGAAAAGGAAACAAGAAUCCCAGGUAAAAUAAUAUUUGGAGAAUACGUAAAUUUCCUCUUCAAACUAAAAAAUAAUGGUGGAAUUGUUGGACGAAUUGCAAAGAGAGUUCUCAAUACCUUAUGGGGAGCGUUAUGCCAGAGAAACAAAUUUUAUUAUAAUAUUGAUAUUAGUAUGCCUGAGUUAUUUGAAAAUCCAGAAGGAGAAAUAUUAGAUAAUAUCAUACCAGUAGGAGAAGAUCGUUGGACUUUGCAAUUCUCAAAUCCCGGAAAUCUAUUCAAAGGAGAAUAUCCACGAAUUGCUCCAUUUUUACUAGCUCAGGGACGAAAAAUAAUAUCACUCCAAAUAGCACCUUAUAAAGAUAAA